CGAAAUUCGAAAUUGUCGCACGCAACCUCAAAAAAAAGACCAACCCGUUUGUUUUUGUUGAAAAAUCAGCGAGUGUGGCAAUGGCUUCAAUCCUCUCGACAGCUUUACGGCAAUCCCGCCCACUGGUGCUGGCCAGUGCAUGUCGCUUCGGUACCAUCUCUGGGAUGAGCUUCUCCACUCAACUUGGAGGAGCUCUUCGUAGGAGUGUCCUGACUGUGAAGCCCAUUCAAUUGGCUGCUCCUGUGAAACAAUUUGCAACGAGUUCUGUGAACAAGGCAAGUGCUGCAGGAAGUCAUUCGCAUGAUAAGCUCUGGAUUCUUGAGCGGGUGCUGUCUUUGGGUCUUCUGGGGCUUGUACCACUAGCCUUUAUAAGCCCUUCAGCUAUUGGAGAUACAAUCCUUGCAUCCGUAAUGGUAGUUCACAGCUACAUUGGAUUCAAGAGUAUUGUUACGGACUAUGUACGUCCGGUGAUCUUUGGAACCGUCAUCCCUCCAAUUGCCCAGGGUCUUCUGCUGCUCCUUACCAUUGCAACAGCCGCAGGACUCAUACAGUUCAUCCGGAAUGAUGUGGGAAUUGCAAAUGCAGUAAAGCGCGUGUGGGCAAUUAAACCAGCUCCAUAAAUAUAUUAAACUUUCAUUAAAUUAUUCUUUCUCUGUAUAAAAUAAAUCUCGAGUGUUUCAGUAUUGA